AUGACUUCUAUACCAGAAGUCACAAUAACACACCAUUCCGAUGAUGAAACACGACUCCAUCGUUCAGCCACUGAUGGGGACGACAUACAGCCAUUUACAGGAGGAAAUUUGGCCAAACUUUCUCGUCGAAGAUCGUCGGACUUCAGUCUGGCCGAUAGGAGCAUAGAGGCAGAUGAUUUGCUUAAUAAAUUAACCAACCAACAGUCUGGAAAUUACCGGUUUAUUAAGUUCACUCCUAACAAGAAGCAAACUCAAGGUGUUAAACAGUUGUACAAGAAACAAGUUGCGUUUGAUGACGUCAAUAUUCUGUAUGACGAUGAUGAUAUUCCCGACCCCGAUGAUGAUUAUGGAUGGGAAAUAUACAAGCGCAAACAUGGAAAUAUGAGGCCUGGGUCCAUCUACCUACGCGGCAGACAGCUUUCCUCGUUAGGAGAAAGAAUCUCAUCACCCAUUGUCUCUCCAGGGCGUAACGCUUAUGAAGAAUUGGAUAGUUCUGAACUUGCAGAGUUAAAAAGAUUGGAAAAGAAGGUUGUUCACUAUCCAACUACACCGAUUACCACUCGAAGGUUUUGCUCGCUUACUCAAAGACAUAAAUUGUAUGAACCGUUGUAUAAUUUAAAAUUGCUUCCAAUGAUGCCGAUAUUGCCACAUAGGACUAUAUUGGUAUAUAUUAGUGCUAGGCAACAUACUUGGGUAGCGUUGGAUUGGAUCUUGAGCGAGUUUAUUGAGAAUGGAGAUAAGAUUAUUGUGUGUGCCACGCUUGAUCCUGACGUAUUGGAAUAUGAAAGGAACAGGAUGACGCGAAGAAGUCAACUUUCAUUAUCAAGAUCUCCUUCAAGAGGCCCGGAUCCUUUGGAAAGAUUCAAGCUGAGGAAUGAGCCUGAUAAUAUAGCAAAUAUUGCCAAAAACCUCAUGGACUAUAUUUUGCAAGUUAUUAAUCCUGAUGUUAUUGCUAGAGUAACAGUUGAGCUAGUUUCUGGGCGCACAAAAGAGGUCUUGAAAGAUAUGUAUCGAUUGUAUGAGCCAAAUAUUGUUUGUACAGGUACAAAGCCCAAUAAGACAUUUGGUGCCCCUUUGAGGUCUUGGCAUUCAUCUAAGUUAACUGAUCGAUUGGUAAAGAACUUUCCAUUGCCUGUGAUUGUGGUUCCCGCAGUCAAUAUGUGUAAUUUUGAGUACUCAUUACAAAGUAAAAUCAAUGGCACCAGUAUGGAGGAGACAAUAAGUUCGAUAGAGGAUGAGGAUGGACUAGGAGACGACGAUGAUGAUGACAUUGAGAGUAUAGCUUCUCAUGAAUCGCGCCAAAGUGACUCGUCUGCGACCUCCUAUGACUCAUAUGAAGAAAUUGCUCGGUUGUUUAUCACCCAUAAGAGAGAUAUCAAAAGACAGUUAAAAAAGUUGACGCAAGAGCCUAUCAAUGGCGCAUACUAUGUGAAUAUUGCUAAGGCAAUUACAGAUAACUCAAUUGACCAAUGUUCUCAAAUUAUCGCAGUCCAACCAGAAAGUAAUGGGCAAGGUGCACAACUCGCAAGGGCAAUCACUGGAUCCAACUCAUUUGGUGUAAGUACAUAUAGAACCAAAUCACUACUAGCUCCGCAAGAGGACGAACAAGAGAAGAAAAAGGAUGCACCAAAGGAACACAAAUUGUCAUUCAAGGAAGUUAGUGAACAAUUGAAAUUAAAUAAAACGAAAUCAGCUAGUGCCACGCCAACACCAACACCAGAAAUAAACUCACCAGAGAAAUUGUCACUGCCGGCUCCUAGUGUGAAUGGUACUAGUGGCGAUCAUUCGUCGCCCCCACCACAAACCUUAAAAUGGGGUGGAUUGGAAAAACCUAGUGCACAAGAUAAACAGUCGAGUGGCUUAUCCUCAGAUUCGGGUCUCUCUCCAUUACGCAAGUUUUUAUCAGAUGAUGCUGAUCGUAGAAAGAGAGAUGGAAGUCGAACAAGUUUGGAUAAAUUGAAGUUGGAACCAAGAAGAAGCCAACCGGGAAUGUCGGGACAUCCCGGUGGUGGAAUUAGUAGCACUAAGCACGAAAGAAAGAAAAACAAGAAGAAGGGGUUUUGGAGUAAAUUCAAGAAAGAUCUUGGUUUAUAG